GGGGGUUAUUUUUAUAUCUCCUCUCUCUCACCCCUCUCCUCCUUCGGAUCCGACUCCAAGCGGAUUCUAGGGCUAGGGUUUUCACUGUUCUCCCUCGAAGCUCGUCGUCGACUCCUCCCUCGAAGCUCGUCGUCGCUUCAAGCUCGUCGUCACUCGAAGAUCGUCGUUUACUCAUCCCUCGGCCGUCUUCCCUCUCGAGUUAUCAGGAUAUAAUUUUGCACAAAAUCUGAUCUCAUUUCUCUCGGAUCUGUAAUUUCAACCAGCUUCAUUUAAUUUUCAGAGUUAAAAGAAGUAGUUGAUCCAGAUCGAUCGGAGUCCUCCUCUCUCUAAUGGCGGCCGCCUCCUUUGCUCGCCUCUCCUCUCUCAGCUUCAGCUCCCGAGACGGCAUCAAAACGCCCAGAAAACCCAAAGUUUUCAGGCCCAUCCGCGCUUCUUCGUCUUCUCCUCCGAUCGAGCUCCGAUUCGAUCCCAAAAAGGUUGAAUGCUUACUGGAUAGUGUAAAAUGGGACGAGAAAGGAUUAGCUGUGGCUAUUGCUCAGAAUGUGGACACUGGAGCUAUUUUGAUGCAAGGAUUUGCAAACAGGGAAGCCCUUGCUGCCACAAUUUCAUCUCAGAAGGCAACUUUUUAUAGUCGUUCACGAUCAUCAUUGUGGACAAAAGGGGAGACUUCAAUGAACUUUAUAAAUGUCAAAGACAUUUUUCUCGACUGUGAUCGUGAUUCGAUAGUAUAUCUUGGGAAACCUGAUGGGCCCACAUGCCAUACUGGGGCAGAAACGUGUUACUAUUCAUCUGUUGCUGAUCUUUUGGAAGAACCACAGACCAAAAAGGAGCGGCUGGCAUCCACAACUCUGUAUUCACUAGAGUCUACAAUUUUCCAACGUAAAGCUGAAAUCGAGACAACACAAAAUGGAAAGCCAUCAUGGACCAAGAAGUUAUUGUCUAAUGAACAACUGCUUUGUUCGAAAAUACUAAGCAUGUUGCUGAACUAUGUUGCAUUGGUGCGGGUACAGAUACGAGUACGGGGUACGGGACAUGAAAAAUUUGCAAAAGAGAAGAGGCAGGAGAGCUCGUCCAGACGCUAAAAGAAAAUGAGGAUAAAUCUCGUACCGCUUCAGAGAUGGGAGAUUUGCUCUACCACUGCUUGGUGCUCCUCGGUCUCAAGGAUGUGAAGGUGGAAGAAGUCCUCGAAAUCCUUAGAAAGAGAUUUUCACAGUCUGGCAUCGAAGAAAAG